GCAAAGGGAUAACUACUGGCAAUUGUUUACGUUAUCUUAUCCUAGUCACGGCACCUAAAGUGCUUAUAUCGCGAGUAAUAUUUAUAUGUACUUUUACCGUUACAGUUGCGAUUUGACAAUUUUAGCACCUUAUUAUCAAGGUCGAUACUUCACAAAUUAAAGCUGUGCGCGAGAUAAAAGAUGGAAGAUCGCCCAAGGCGUAAAGUUACCAAGCGUUAUCAGGCCACUUCUUCAGACAAAGCUCCAGAACGGAAGAAGACAGCAACUGCAUCACACAUCACUACUGGCAGGAUCGAAGAUGAUAUUGGAGAUAUAAAGAGUGUCCUUAUUAAAGAGGAGAAGGACACAAACAUAAACGAUAAUAAUUUAAUUAACAUUUCACAAUUUCAGAAUAGGCCAAUGCAAGCUGGUGAUGUGCAGAGUCAAUCUCAUGUGCAAUAUGAAGAGCGACUACCUUAUUGCCAGUGUGCUUAUACAAGACAGACGGAGGAGAAUAAUCGGGAAGUGAGGGAUCAUCGUUUAGAUCGUAUUGAGGCACAACUCAAGAAAAUGAAUACUCUUAUGGAGAAUAUCUUCAAGUGCGUGCAGAUUAGCCACACUUCAACAUCGUUCAAGCCGACUAUUCUUCCUAUAUCAUCAGUAGCAGGAAUGCGUGCGUUUGAAAAUCUUGAUGAAGAGGCUUACUCCAACGUUAUUAAUUAUUUUCAUUACAUCGGCGGAUUCAAUUUGAAGGAAGCAAUAAACUUAUGUCUCAAGGAGAGCCUCCAGGACUCAUUCACGCCAUCCUUAACCUGGUGGGGCCGCGAAGAGAAUCAAGAACCAUUAUACAAUGCUCGUUUGACGAAGGCAAUUUACAGUGCUGUGUGCCGUAAUCAGCAUUUCCAAAGGCCUCAACGUUCAGAGUUCCAAGUCCAUAUGCGGGACGCUCUUCGAGCAGCGAAAGAGCGAUACAGACACAAAGAACGUAAACAACAAAGAAUGGCAGCCGGUCCAAGAAUCCAGCGCGAUUUAUGGAACGAUGAGUACGUAGAGGAGGCAGAAGAGGAGUUAUAACAACUGCAGAUGCAAGAAAUAGACGAACAGAUAUAAGAAUAUCGCAGAAGUCACACGAGGAGAGCCAGUCCGGGAGACGAAGGAUGUCACUGUCCAGGAGAAAGGAUGCCACAGCUAGAUAUCACACACACGCACACGCGCGUAUACACACACACACACACACACACACACACAUACACACAAUAAUAAUUAAUAAUAAAUUUUAUCGAAGUGCAAAAAAUAAGAGAACGAUCUACAAUCGCAAAGGCACGAGGCGAUCCAGCAUAAACGAACGGUGUAACGCAAUAACGAUUACGCAAACAUCGUUGUACAUUAAUCCCGCGUAAUUAUCAAUAAUACGAUUAUCGUUUCAUUUUCGAAAAUUGUUUAA